CUACGUCCUUUCCAAAGAUCUUCGCUGUCGAUUAAUCAGGAAUACAGUCACAAUCAUGCUUUCCAUUAAAAGAGCAGCUGGGGAUGACUUGAACUAUCCAUGCAGCCGUGAACUCACUGUAAUGGCGAAGCGUCUGAUUGAGUACUACCCAAUGCUUCGGGACAGAUCUCAAACCAGUAGAGCUGAGUGGGAAACUGUGAAAAAGCAGCUUUUGAAAAGGGUCCAGAAUGUGACAACCCCCAAAAAGAAGCAGGGUUCAACUCCUUCAAGAAAGAGGCCUAGGAGUUUAAGCUUUCAGAGCAGCCAUGAGACGUCCACUGAUGAGACUGAUGAAUCCACCGCAUCAACCUUGAUCUUGGAGAGAUCACCACCAUCUCGAUGCAGCACCCCGGAGGCUGAACAGUUAUGUGCAUCAGAAACGGAGAGCCCACAGACCCAGGCGAGACACUAUAAGACUCUACAGGCGAUGUAUAAAACUAAGGCCAGACCGAACAAGAUGGAUGUUGCUCAGCUCCUGGACCUCGAAAUCCAAGCGAGAAGGGCCUUCAUUGACUCUGAUGUUACAAAGGAGCAGGACAGGCCUUCCAAGAUUCUUAAAGCUUAUCCUUGCUUUGGAGAACUGGAUCAUCUAAUGGAUGAACUACGGCGGGUCCUCAAUCAAGGCAACUCCCACUUCUUAACGGAACUUAAGACCCGGUGGGGGACCUUUUGUGAGAGGGCACAGUUUUAUGGAGUUUUCAAAAAGCUCAUGAGGCCUCCGCAGCUUGACAAAGUAAAGCACUCAAUUGCCAUGAUGAAGGCUUUACCAGAGAUGUUCCCAUCACCUAUGGCCCCACCCAAGAAGUUAAGGCACGCAAGUGAGGCUCUGCUCCACGUCCUUGAGUCUGCAGAAGACCCAAACACCUUUCUUCAGACACGACCACUUUCCAGCCCUGUUGUCAUCAUCUGCGAAACCAACUGUAUACUGGCCAUUGGAACCAUGCCCGUGCUCAUCUUCCCAAAAGAGGACAUUCAUGAAAGCGUGAUGUAUCUCAUGGCAUGUUAUUACACCUUUCACCUCACCUAUCCUAAGUGCAUUGCAACACUCCUGUCUGUGGUGCAGACAGAAGUCCUCUUGGACGCCAUUCACGACCGUGACAUGACUACUUCAUACAAAAAGGCUAUGGCCGAUUGGAAAAAGUUCAUAAGUGAUUAGGGCACUUAUAUAUGAGGG